AUGAUCCUUAUCGAUCUGCUCGCUGAGAACUCGCACGAGGUGUGGGCUGCCGAGUACGCAGCUAAAGGAUGGCACUACGGUAAGAAGUUUGAUGAAGAAGCGAAGACGCACUCGUCACUCAAGAGUUAUAUGCUGCUGGACGAACACGAUAAAACUUUAACGCGUGAAAGUGUCACGUCAGUGCUCAAGUCGUGCAUUUAUCUCGGCUGCAAGUUUUUAGUGUCACGUAAAAUCUGA